ACGAAAUGAUCUGCCCUAGAGCCGUUGCAAAAUGCUGGAUGGACACCUACUCCUGGGAUGGUUAUCAUUCACAGUUAUAGUGUACCUUUUCAGCUUGCCUGGACCGACUACAGCUUAUUUCGGGCUGACAGGUAAUGAACCCCUGUCCAUCCUGCCGUUGAGCUCGCAGCCGGAGGAGAGGGUGGCCAAGGCCCACUACAAGCUGUGCGACCGGCUCAAGCUUGAGAAGAAGCAGCGGCGCAUGUGCCGCCGUGACCCGGGUGUGGCCGAGACGCUGAUGGAGGCCAUUACCCUGAGUGUCCUGGAGUGCCAGUACCAGUUCCGCUACGAGCGCUGGAACUGCACCCUCGAGGGGCGCUAUCGAGCCAACAUUCUCAAGAGAGGGUUUAAGGAGACGGCCUUUCUGUAUGCCAUCUCCUCCGCUGGCUUGACCCACGCCAUGGCCAAGGCCUGCAGUGCGGGUCGCAUGGAACGCUGUACCUGUGACGAGGCCCCGGACCUGGAGAACCGCAAGGCCUGGCAGUGGGGCGGCUGUGGAGACAACCUCAAGUACAGCAACAAGUUUGUUAAGGACUUCCUGGGCAAAAGGUCCAACAAAGAUAUCCGCGCCCGGGUGGACAUGCACAACACCAAUGUUGGCAUGAAGGUGAUCAAAGCUGGGGUGGAGACGACCUGCAAGUGCCAUGGCGUGUCCGGCUCCUGCACAGUCCAGACGUGCUGGCGGCAGCUCUCGCCGUUCCACGAGAUCAGCAAACAGCUCAAGCAGCGCUACGAGACCUCGCUCAAGGUGGGCAGCUUUACCAACGAGGUCACUGGCAAGGGCGACAUCUCUCAGAGCCGCGCCCAGCAGCAACAACAACAGCAGCAGCAGCAGCAGCAGCAGCAGCCCGCAGUGCUGGGUCCACGGGACCAGAUCCCCCGGACCAUGGACCUGCUGCACAUCGAGGACUCGCCCAGCUUCUGCCGGGCCAGCAAGUACUCGGCAGGCACGUCCGCCCGCAAGUGCUACAAGGACAAGAACUGUGAUGCCAUCUGCUGCGGCCGCGGCCACAACACCCAGAGCCGCGUGGUGACGCGCCCGUGCCAGUGUCAGGUGCGCUGGUGCUGCUAUGUGGAAUGCAAGCAAUGCACGCAGAGAGAGGAGGUGUACACCUGCAAGGGUUAGGGGCGGGGGAGGGGGGCACACACUCUCUCUCUCUCUCUCUGUCUGUUUAUCUCUGUCUCUCCAUCUUUCCAUCUCUCUCAUCACCUCUGUGUCAUUGUGCUGAAAAGGGUAAAGAUGAAAGAGACAGAAAGUGAGUGAGAGAGAAGAGGGUGGGCAUGGAGUUUGCAG